AAGAAAAAGCCCAAUCUGUGAGACAAAUGGUCUCCUGGAUCAUAAGAUAUGCCUGGAAAAAACUGCAGAAUCCAGUCGUGGUUGGCCUAGCAGCAUUAUUGGCGAGCUCCUGGUUUAUCAGGACGCCUUACAAUUGGGUAGGACAUCUUCUAAAAUGGUCAUUUAGGAUUUCAGAAAAAGAAAAUAAAGCUGUAGGGCCAUUAAUUGACCUUUUAGAAUAUGGAAAGCGAGAAUGGAGAGGAGAAACCAAGGAGGCUGAGAAGAUGAGACAGGCUUACAAAGCAGUUUACAUGGACCAUCACUUUAAACACAUAAGAAGAAUCCGUGGAGAUAACUAUUGUGCACUGAGAGCAACUUUAUUUCAGAUACUGAGCCAAGGCAUUCCUUUCCCAACAUGGAUGAAAGAGCAGGAUAUAGCCAAGUUUCCCGAAAAGGUAUAUUCACAAGGCUGCAACUGGGUACAGCAAUACAGUUUUGGACCUGAGAAAUACACUGGCGAAAAUGUAUUUGGAAAACUACGCAAAAACCUGGAAACCUUAAAAGUACAGUGGAUCACCAUUUCUGCAAUUAAAGACCAGGAGAAAAGGGUGGAAAUGUGUAUCAAUCUAUUCAAUGAUCAGAAGAAGGAAUAUAUGAUGUUUGAAGCCAUGAAAUUCCUCAUGUUAUAUGCUGUUGUGGGGCUUUUUGAGGAGCUAAAAGACGACCAAGACGUUCCCAACUUUUGUUCAUUUUUCUUUGCUCGUGAUACCUCAUUUGAUCCCUUAAGCUUCAUGUUGAACCACUUGAACUAUGUGGGUGACACUGGUGGACUAGAGCAGCUUGAAAUGUUCCUUCUCGGAUUCACGCUUGAUUUGAAGAUCUCUGCCUUCAGACUGUACAAGUAUGGCACUGAAGAAUUUCAUCCGUGUUAUCCUGAGGAUCAUUGUAGGAACUGGCCUGAGAUUUGCAUUAUAACCGAGGAUGACAGGCAUUACAAUGUGCCUAUUGCAUAAAGCUGAUCUAGCUAUAUAGAAAACUAUGAUUACGAGGAAGCAUUUUGUCUAUACUGUAAAUAUCUUUGUUGGGUAUUUAUAAUUGGUUUAGUGCAACUAUGCUAAUUAUUGCAAACAAACUUUGUGACAUCAAGUUUUUUUAUUACUUUAAUUAUGCAUUCCAUUCAACCUUUUUUUAAAAACCUAUUUAUGUAGUUUGUCAAGAUACAAAAAUCAGUAUAAUUAUAAAAUGUAAGUAAGCAGGCCAGGUUACUUUGGAACUGGAAAAUUUCACAACCAACAAUCCUGAUUCCACAAACACCUGCAAAAUCCAGUAUUUGUUUGUUCCCAAACAAAAGAAAAAGACCUAAAGACAAUAGUAAUGAAACUCCUUCUCUCUGACUGAUUCUGUGGUACAGAAAGGGAUUUUGUGUCAAAUUGUCUGCUUGCGUUAUUGUAGUCAGGAAACUGAGUCAGGAGGGGCCACAGGGUCUAAUCCACUGUUGAUAACAGCCCAACUACUCUGGCUUAUUGGGUAGACUUAGAGGGGCAGACCAUUUACUGGGAGCAGAGAUUCUUCCCACUCAGCUUCUAUUAACCUGCAAGCCAAAGCCCUAAUGGGUGGAGUAGCCUUAGCUGGACAAGCAUCUGGAAGCAUGUCAGUGUAUGCAAUUUAACAUGUGUUUUAUUUAAAGUUAAACUUGUUUUUGGUCAGUCAGACAUUAAUACUUGCAAACCCAUCAUCAUGUUUAAGAGUAUGGUGAUGAAUUUCUGCGUCUGUCAAACAACACCCACCUGACCCAAACAUUUAUGCCAGCUACGAAUUGAAAUUUUCAUGCAUCUCGGAUGGAAUGCACACUCUUCUGGAGCGAUGCACCCUGCUUACUGCAUUUCAGUUAGUAAGAGCCAAGGCUUGGAACUCUUCAUUGGUGCACUGCUGGAGCUUAAUUAACUUGCCAUUGAGAGCAGUAUCUGGCAAGCUUCCCACUACUUAUCCAGCUAGAAAUGCAAACAAGUGGUUUUGGUUUGCAGGGUUAACUGAGCCGAAUGGGAAUAAUCCCUGAUCCCAAUCUACCUACCCCAAUCCUGGCUGGUCUAUUAUCAGUAGAGCGUUGAAGUACUACAGAUCCACCUAAAUCAGAAACUAAACUACCGAGACUGUCCGUAUCAAGUCAACACUCGGUGACAUUCUGUUACAAGCAUAUUACCUUGGAGCCAGCUCAACCUCGAGUAGACCUUCCUUAUUUUUCUUCUGGCCUUGAAAGAGGCUGAUAUUUUAAUUUAAGAUGGGCUGAAAUUAGGAACGAGUAGACUGAAAAGCAUUUCAAAAUGGCAUUAUGCCUUUUAUCAUGUACGUAUCUUUUUCUUUAAUAUACACAUACUGAGCUAGUGGCCUUUAAUCUUGAAUGUUGCGUGUUUUUAUGUACAUUUUGACUUCAUUUGGUUUAAAGCCCUUUUUGCUUUAUGUAGUAUUACAUUUGAAUUGGUUCACACGUUUAGUAUUUUAAAACUGUAGAUUUUCCUGGUUAAGAAUAAAGGUUUUUUUCAAUCUAUGCAGGUGUACUGGUUCUUUCCUUGCUUGUAUCUGAAUUUUACAAUGUCUCGGUGGAAGAAGGGAGAGUGUUUUCUAUUGAUCUGUAAAUUUGUGUCAGUUUAGCUUAGGUGGUAGCACUCUUAUCUCUGGGUCAGAAAGUUGUGGGUUUAGUCCUAAGUUGGGUCUUUAAAUUUAUGGUCUAGCCUGACAGUUCAUGGUAGUUUUGUUGAAAGUGCUAACCUUUUGAUGAGAUGUUAAAUCAAGGUCCUAUCUUCCUGUUCAGGU